CUCACUGAGACGUCAUCAGUCAGACAGAGAUGAGUUCCGUGCAGCAGGUGAACCCCACGGUGCGGGGGAUCAGAGCCCCAACGAGCCUGCAGAGUCUGGCUGCACAUAUCACAGAGGAGAUCACACAGGGAGUGAACAAACCCUUCCAGCAGGUGAUUGAUGUCAGUUCAGGGGAUCCCCACAGGGCAGGGAUGGCACCUACUUCAUUUGUUCGCCAGGUCAUGGCAGUGUGUCUUUACCCUGAGCUCCUCAAAGACAACAGUCUUCCUCUGGAUGUCAGGCAGAAGGCACACAUGUUUCUAGGGGCCUGCUGUGGAGGGAGUGUUGGUUCGUACUCUGUAACCACCCUUGGUAUUCCAUGUGUCCAGAAAAGCAUUGCUGAGUUCAUCACGAGGCGCGAUGGUGGAGUGAUUUCAAACCCAGAAGAUAUCAUUAUCUCUUGUGGUUCUCAGACGUGUUUGUCGAUGAUUUUGCACCUGAUGGCCAGUGGCGAGGGGGACACUCAGACAGGUGUGUUGAUCCCGAUGCCUUGCCCACACACCCUACCAUCCCUGCUGGAUAUGUCUGGAGUGACACUGGUGCCGUACCAGCUGAUGGAGGACCAAGGAUGGGCUGUAGAUCUACAUGAACUGCAACGAGCUUUAAGGAAGGCGAAGGGGCGCUGUGAACCCAGAGCCAUUUACACCAGCAACCCAGGAAACCCCACAGACAGGAAAACAAUAGAGGAAGUGAUUCGUUUUGCUGCAACCGAGGGCCUUAUCCUGUUGGCUGAAGAGGUGUACCAGGACUGCGUGUAUGGACAGGGGCAAGAGUUUAUUUCCUAUAAGAGAGUCCUGUUUGAGAUGGGAAAAGAGUACUCAGAGACAGUGGAGUUGGUCUCCUUCCACUGUUUAUCCAGUGCCUGCAUGGGAGAGUGUGGUCUGAGAGGAGGAUAUAUGGAGGUAUUUAACAUGGACCCAGCAGUCAAUAUGUAUUUAAAAAAAGUGCCGGUCAGCCCUCCAGUUUUAUCACAGCUUGCUUUGGAGGUCAUGGUCAACCCGCCCACAGCUGAAGAUCCUUCCUAUAAAACAUACUCACAGGAGAUUCUUCACUCUCAGACAACUCUGUCCCAGAAUGCUCAGCGUGCUUUUAAGUUCCUGAAUGAUCUACCAGGGAUGAACUGCCAACCAGCGAUGGGGGGAGUCUUUCUUUAUCCCUGUCUGCAUCUACCACCUCAGAUGAUAGAGGAGGCCGAGAUGUUGGGAGUGGAGGCAGAUGUGCUUUACUGUCAGAGGUUACUGGAGGAGGAAGGUGUGUGUUUUGGAGCCGGCUGUGAGAACGGACAAGAAGGUCAAAACUACCACAUCAGGCUGUGUGUUCUGGCUCCUCCUGCCACCCUGGAGGAGGUCUUGGCACGACUUCGCUCUUUCCACCUGCACCUGCUGGACAGAUUUCCCUGACAGAGGUGUCAAGGACACACUUUGGAGACAAAUAUCAAGCCAUGGUUCAUAGGAUUUUCUCCCACCAAAAGUAAUGCAUUAUUUUUCUUUUAACUGCAUUUUUUUAAUGAGCAUUGUCAAUAAAAGAAAUAACUUAUUUCCUGACCCUGCAAAGACUUAAAUAUACUACAGCCAUCCUCACCUCAGUAAAUAACAAAGCCAAACUACAGGCACAACGGAUGCAGUUAAUGAAGGUUCUUUGAAUUAUAAAUGAGGUUUGAUUUUAUUUUAUUCACUUCAUGUCUUGCAUCCUGAGACAUAUAUUGUUUCACAUAAAUGGUAAAUGGACUUGCACUUGCAUAGUGCCUUUCUAGUCUUCGAACCAGUCAAAGCACUUUAACACUAUACAUCACAUUCACCCAUUCACACACACACUGCAUACACUGGUGGCUGAGGCUGCCAUGCAAGGUGCCACCUGCUACUCAGUUACAGUAAACAUUCAUAUGCAUUCACACACCGACAACACUGCCAGUAACUUGCCCAAGCAUACUUCAACAUGCGGAUGAAACAGGGAUCGAACUGUUGAUCUUCCGAUUACUGGAUGACUGCUGUGUUCUAUUUACCAAACAACAAAACAAAUACUACAGACACAUAUUACACAUCAGACAUGGCUAGAGGUAGAAGAAUUAUUCAGUGCUAAAAUCACAGUAUGAAAAUACUCUGAAAGUCCUGUAUUCAAAGCCUUACUUUUGUAAAAGUAGUCACAGUGCAGUAAAAUGUUCCCUGUCAGUAUUUUACUAUUAUACGUGACGUUUCUGCAUUAAUUGCUACUUAAUUACUGCUGCAUUAACAUGUACGUUGCAUUUUAUUGCUGUACAUGUACACUCUGUGUGUUAGAGUGUAAAUGUAUUAUUGUACCUCACUGCAGAUAUAAUCUAUAUGUGCACCACAAGAUAAAGCAGCAGCCACAUGGAUGUCUAAAUAUUCAUUUUGGGCGACAUGGUCAAUUUGUUUGUUAUGAACAGUAACGUGUGGAGGAUACAUGUUCACUGGAAAAAUCAAAAUGAUUGAUUUGAUUGAUAACAAGUGAAUUCUUUCCACAUCACAAUCUAUUCACACAGUACCAAUGGAUACUAUAUAUGAUUAGUAUAAAUAUAUUUGGAAUAUCAUACACAACUCUAUGCAUCAUUUACAGUUUAGAUUUCUAAGUUGGUAAAAGAUAAAGCACUUUAUGAUCUCAGUUAGCAACCGGUGGUCCUUAAGUAUAGAAGGAAGUGUAAAUGGAGGGCAGUAAAGUAAGAGAACAUGAAAAAGCAAACCCAUUUGGGGAGCAGUGUGAGAAAAAAAAAGAUGAAGAGUAAAACACUUGAUUUCACAGAGGGAGUCUGGUGCUGAAGAAUAUAACCAAAAUCCGAACAGUACCUUGUCCACUUUUUGAUAACUGGCCUCAGGUGUUUUUUGUGGAAACUUGUAUGUAAUUAUAAUAAUAAAAAAUAAAAUCACAUAUAA